CUUCGUGAAGCGCGUGGAACAGAGAAUCCUUAUAAGAGCACAGCUGAGCGGUAUUUUUCCGAAAUCUGAGUUUUAGGCUUUUUUUCGCCGUAAUUGUUCGAUAACGCGUUAUUUUUGUAUUUGUUUAUUUUUCUUACUUUGGGUCAUACACCCAAAGCCGUUCCGUGUAAUUUAGAAUUUCUUUUUUAGCUCAAUUUUGAAAUUCGUAGCGCGCGCACCUAAAACGUUAGUCGGGCGGGCGCGCGCUGUCUGUGGUCGCGGAUAAAAAGAGAAAAGAGGGAGAAGAGAAUCUCGCUAUCAUCACUCUUUUAACGUGGAAUGAGCUUCCAUUCAUCCAUCCUGUCCAGUACACAAUGGAUGUCCGUUCUGUCUGCCUAAUCGGCCAAACUAAAACGCAUUGUAGCAGCAUUAGUAUAUACAGAGGAUAGCAAUAGGCCCCUCACUCCACCCUCUCCCUCGGCAUCAUACACCAGUUUACAACUUACAGCAGUGCAGAUUCUCUCGUUAGUGUCUGGAUUUGCUCUAACUUGCUGUUUUAGCAGAGGGCGAAGGUAGGUAGGUUUGGGGAAUUUCAGAAAAAAAAACCUUUAGAAACACUAGUACCUCAGUUAUUUAAGAAAUUCUAGUGUGCUGCUUAUUUAAAUAAGGGCUUAUUUUAUUUGCAGUUCAUUAUUAUUAUUUUUUUACCCUACAAGAUUGUGACGCUAUUUAAAACUUAAGUAUAAUCUAAAAGCUAUUGCACAAAAUGGUUUCGGCAACGAUAGCUACAGCAACGCUGAUGAGCACCAUUGCUCUGGCCGCUCAGGGCCCACUGACCGACUACCUGUGGCUCCUGAUUGUCGGCUUUAUCAUAGCCUUUAUCUUGGCCUUUUCCGUGGGUGCUAACGAUGUUGCAAACUCGUUUGGCACUGCUGUUGGCUCUGGCGUGGUCACCCUGAAAGUCGCUUGCAUCCUCGCUACCGUGUUCGAGACCCUGGGAUCGGUGCUGCUUGGAGCCAAAGUCAGUGAGACCAUUCGCAAAGGGAUCAUUGAUGUGAACAUGUACAACGGCUCGGAGCACGUUCUCAUGGCCGGAUCCGUCAGUGCUAUGUUUGGCUCUGCUGUGUGGCAGUUGCUGGCUUCUUUCCUUAAACUGCCCAUUUCUGGUACACACUGCAUCGUGGGAGCCACGAUUGGCUAUUCGCUGGUGGCAAAAGGCCAACAGGGAGUCCGAUGGCUUGAGCUGCUGCGAAUCGUUGCUUCUUGGUUUCUCUCACCACUCCUCUCUGGCUUUAUGUCUGCUGUUCUCUUCUACUUCGUCCGCAUGUUUAUCUUGCAGAAGAAGAAUCCAGUUCCCAACGGACUCAGGGCACUGCCUGUCUUCUAUGCUGUCACUAUGGGAAUCAACCUGUUCUCCAUCAUGUACACAGGCGCUCCGAUGCUGGGAUUUGAUAAACUGCCCUGGUGGGGAGUUCUUCUCAUCUCUUUCGGAUGUGCCAUCCUUACCGGGCUCAUCGUCUGGUUUGCUGUUUGUCCCUGUCUCAAGAGGAAGAUCGAGCGUGAAAUCAAGUCUUCCAGCCCCUCAGAGAGCCCCCUAAUGGAGAAGCGGGAGAUGACUGAGGCACACUGUCCUAUCCUCAAAUCAGUUCCUGAGGAGAUCCCGUCCACUCUGGUCUCCAGCGCACCUUCAACAGCAGCUCCUUGUGAAGAGCGCAGAGUCACCUUUGACAUUGGGGAGUCUGACGAUGCUGAACCAAAAGAGGGUGAAGUCAGCCAUGGGAGCGCUCCUAAAUCGGUUCAUGUUCAUUUCAAUACUGGCCCCAACCAAGUUCCCAGCCACGCCCCCAGCAACGGCUACAGUCAGUACCACACUGUCCACAAAGAUUCUGGUCUCUACAAGGACCUGCUGCACAAGCUUCACCUCGCCAAAGUGGGUGACUGCAUGGGCGAGGGUGGAGACCGGCCCAUCCGCCGCAACAACAGUUACACCUCCUACACUAUGGCCAUCAUCGGUCUCCACAGUGAGUUUAAGAUUCGAGACUCGGAUUUCCGUGCCUCCGAGGAUGGAGACAAGGACAAGGUGCAAGAGCGCAAGAGGAUCCGCAUGGAUAGCUACACGAGCUACUGCAACGCUGUGGCUGAGAACGGUGCCCCCGAGGAUGGCCUUGGGGAUGGAGAGGUGACUCUUGAGGUGCCUGAGGAGGACAGAGGAAGCAACAGCAGCUCGCUGGAGGAGGAUAGGGCUGAGGCGGACAAACCGGAGGUUUCCACGCUGUUCCAGUUCCUGCAGAUUCUCACUGCCUGCUUUGGCUCCUUCGCUCAUGGUGGAAAUGAUGUCAGUAAUGCUAUCGGCCCAUUAGUGGCACUGUGGCUGGUUUAUCAGAGCGGCUCAGUGGAGUCCAACGCUCCGACCCCUCUCUGGCUGCUGCUGUAUGGAGGAGUGGGCAUCUGCAUCGGACUCUGGGUUUGGGGCCGAAGAGUGAUCCAGACCAUGGGUAGAGACCUCACUCCCAUCACUCCCUCCAGUGGGUUUAGCAUCGAGCUGGCUUCAGCCGUCACUGUGGUUGUUGCUUCCAACAUCGGUCUGCCGGUCUCCACAACCCACUGCAAGGUUGGCUCUGUGGUUGCUGUAGGUUGGCUGCGUUCUCGAAAAGCCGUGGAUUGGCGUCUUUUCCGCAACAUCUUUAUGGCCUGGUUUGUGACCGUGCCUAUCUCCGGCCUCAUCAGUGCUGCCAUCAUGGCUAUCUUCAAAUUCCUUAUUUUCUAAAACCUCAGACCCACUGAGCUUGCUGUAGUGUAGCUUCCAUCGUUCGCAGCUAAGAACGCAGGAGUGCUGGCUAUUCUGCUCUGCUGUCUCCCUCUUCUUUCUGCCACUUUAAUAGCUCCGAUAUCCAUCUUCCGGGGCUAGAAGUUAAUAUUUAAUAUUUUUGUUUAAGUAGAGCUCAUAUUUCUUAACUUGCAACAUGCAUCGACAAUUCAUGCAUGUGUUCCAUGUUUGUGCACGCACCAGGGUACACAUGCCAACGUUUUCAUUCUUUAAAUAGAAAAGUGGCCAUGUAUACAUCCAUAAUCAUGUUUUUGUAAAUAAGUGAUAAUUUUUUUUUUAUGUAAUUUUGUACAUAUUCUUCUUUUUUUUUUUUCCCCCCCUCCCCUGCCUCCUCCUUUUUCCUGCCCCCCUCCUUUCCCUUCUUCCAGUUGAUGGGGGUUGCAGUGCAGUAUUAGCCUUUUUUCUCAAACUUCAUUACAAAUCAUUCACUGAGACAACACUUUGCCUAGAGCGAGCAGUAUUUUGAUAUAAACGAGGUGAUUAGGAUUUUCUUUCCAUUCUUUAUAAAGUUCUGUUGAGUGUUUGGGAGUAGUACUUGAUAGUACCUGAUGUAGUGUGACUCACUCAUAUCUGGGAAUUGCAUCAUAAAUGACCCGUAUUUUUAUUUAUAUAUAUAUAUAUAUAUAAUUGAAUUUAAAAAUUCACCGUAUAAUAUUAAAUCAGAAUCGUGAUUCAUUCCGCCGAAUGUUAAUGUGAAUUUAUGCUGUCACGCCCGUGUCGUUUUAAGGCUUAUGGCAGAGCAGUGUCAUUUAGCAAGCCAGCUCUGUCUGGCCGAACUUGGAUUAAUUAAAAGUCCUCUCAAUGUUUCCAGUCCCAUAUGGUGGUCAUGUGCUUUGUGUUGUGUUGCCAAGCAGCUCUCUUGUUGAAUGCUGAUGAAGCGUAACUAGGCUACCAGAGGCUUCACAAAUGACCCGUCUGACACCAAACAGCCUUUCAUAGUGAUACUGAUGUGCAAUGGGAGCUGCUUACGCACACUUUAUUUUAUUUAAACAACUCCCUCUGCAUAAUCGGUAGUUUUCUAAAUGACUCGCACAGAGGGAACAUUUUGAAUUAUGUUAAUAUCACUUACAGUGUAUGUGGGACCACUGCACCCAAGCGAGGUGUUCUUGGAUAUUUAACAUAUCACAGAUGGUGUGAGGGCCUUAUUCUAGUUCAUGCUAAAUGCUAAAAUGUCAUUCCUUGGACUGGUCUAGGCGUACAUAAUUUACAAAAUAAGACAAAGGUAGGGGGGGCUAAGGUGUUUCCUUUUGGUCAACACUCAAUGUUGGUACUUUCAGGACCAGUGUGCAAACAUUCAUUGAAAGUAAAUAGUUUUUUUUUUCAAUGCUGCAAACAAAAUCUUAACAUUCUCCUGUAAAACUUGAUCAUAUCUGAUCAGUCAGUGUAGCACUUCUUAUUAGCGUCGCAUGCUAAUCCUUCUAUGCUUCAGCUUUCUUGGUAACUUUUUCAAACCAGUCGAACCUGCGGCACAUUGCUUAGUGUACAUGAACAGUACACAACAGGAGUAUAUAUGAGGCCCAGCUUUUUAAAGGAACAAUCCCACCACAUGUAACAAUUAAACUUGAUGUGAUCAGCAACAUGCUAAUCAAUUAGCAGAUUUUUUUUUUUUUUUAAGCAGGUGAGCAUAAAAAUGGCUCAACUUGGAUUCCAUUUCUUUCACUAUGUAAUUUUUAUUAGUGCCCCCGUUUGGACUAACUAGUUACUGCUGUAAAAUGUGCGUUAGUGAAUCAUUGCUGAUUUCACGGCCCCGAAACCUUUAGGUUUGCUGUAGUUGCCUUAAUUUCUUUCUUUUUUUUUUUUUUUUGUACCAAAGAAAUCUAUUCGUGUGUAUAUUGUAAACAUGUACUCUUGUCAUGGACAAAAAAGAAAAAAAAAAUGGGGAAAAAAAUAAAAUCUUUUUGGGGGGAAA